GCUAAUUUGCUUUGCUUGCAUUUGCAGACACCGAGAGCUACAAGGAAGCUCAAUCGACCAGAUCAGCCCGUCUCUUAGCUGUUCUGUCGCUCACUCACUUCUCAGCACACGCGCGACACACACUAAUAAUCACUAUGCCCCCUCGAAAGAAAGCCAAGCUCACCCCCCCAGGCGGCAGCACCGAGCCUCCCUCCGCAAGCGCCGCGGCCCCCCCCGGGGGAACCCAACCGCCCGCAGACUACGACCCAGUCACAGACCCUUGGACAGAUGAGCAAGAGACAGCCUUAUUGAAGGGGAUCAUCAAAUGGAAGCCCGUCGGCAUGCACAAACACUUCCGCAUGAUCGCCAUCUCGGAAUUCAUGAAAAGUCAAGGAUACGCGCCCGCCAAUGCAGAACAUACUCGAAUCCCCGGGAUCUGGAAAAAGCUAGGCACCUUGUACAACCUUCCAGCUCUGGAUGAACGUGAAGAUUCCUUGAUCACCGAAACCUCCGAUGAUGUCGACGGCACAAGGGAGUUCUACUGCCCAUUCGAGCUGCCCGAGGACGAAUACGGCGACUUGAUGUUCGAGAGGAGAUUGGCCAUGGAGGGAUCCCCGUCGCCGGAUCCGAGUGGACCGGCGGACUCGCGAAGAGGGAGCACGGUGGCUGAUACGGAUGAACCCCGCUCGUCUCCCGCGCCGUCGCGAGGAAGGAAACCCGGUCGUGGUGGGCGGCAAGGAGGGCGCGGUACGCGCUCGUCGCGACUGCAGGUUGAGAUCGAGACUCCCGGGAAAGGCUCAGGCAACGGCGAAGACGAUGGGGAUUCGGGCGAUGAGUCGGAUGAAGGCGAUGAGGAGGGUUCGGACGGGGUCAAGGACGAUAGCGAUCCGGACGAGGAGGCCGAUGGAGAUGCCGGGGGCUCGCCGACAACACGGAGCACGCGGGCGCAAACGUCUCGGUCGAAACAGAAGGAGAAGAAGGGCGCGGGAACAGGCACGAGACGAGGCGGCCGGAGACGACAGGCUUGAGGAACGAUGUUUGGUGUGCGCAUGAUUGUUUUUCUUACUACUGCAAGAGUUGAUACCUGGAGCUAAGAGCUGGCGUUUGGGGUUUGUCUAUCUUUGUACGAUUACCUUUGCCUAUUUCGGUAUCACCGCAUUUCAUGUGAUAUCCAUGAAUUCUCACCGGAUUGUUGAUCAUGCU